GGUCUUUUUGAGCAUAUAAAGGAAAUUUUGGCAAGAAAAUUAUUGUUGACCUUUUUUGGCGAGGUUUUAGAACCUAAUGUCAAAAUAUUAAUUAUUUGUUGCAAACCUAGUUUUCUUGGCAAACAAACAGCCUCCAGAUGGAGGCCUCCGGCUCCUGCAAAGGUUGCAAAAAGGAGGCUUUGAUUCGGGACGAUGUAACGGGCUCGUUGGUGUGCUCAUCUUGUGGACUCGUCCAACCUUUCGACAACUAUGAUCCCCAAUUGGGUGGCCUCAAUGGUCCUCAGGGUACAUUCGUCCGUGUUGGCACAACGGGCACCGGCAGCUCCUUGAACUACAAGGACAAGAAAAUCUUUGAAGCCCAGAAACUCAUCGAUGACUUGCUUUUCAAGUUAGGGUUUUCGAGUGAGAAGUCGAAUGAGGUCAGGACAAUGGUUGCCACCAUUACUGAAGGAGAGUUCGGUCAAGGCGACUGGCUUCCUGUCCUUGUUGGUGCUUGCUCGUAUGUUGUAAGGCGGCAGAGCAAUCGAGCAUUGUCUAUUGCUGAAGUGGGGUCGGUGAUUGGUUCCGAUGUUUAUGAGCUAGGGCAAAUGAUUCGCCGCGUUGUUGAAUUUUUGAAUUUGAAAUUGCCGGAUAUUGACAUUGUGAAUUCCUUGGAAUUGGCGUUUGGACAAUGUGGGAGUUUGAAUAGGGUUUCCAAGGAUAAGGUGAAUAAAAUGCUUAAACAAGGGACAUUUUUGGUGCAAUGUGCAGUGAAGUGGUUUUUGACAACGGGGCGGAGGCCGCUGCCAAUGAUUGCAGCCAUUUUAAUGUUUGUUGCAGAAUUGAAUCAAGUCGAUGUUCGGAUUGAGAAUAUAGCAAAUGAAAUUCAUGCUGGAGUGGCUACAACUAGGUUGAGGUAUAAAGAGCUUUCAGAGGCUCUUGUGAAAGUUGCCCAAGCAUUGCCCUGGGGGAAGGAUGUUUCCACUAAGAAUAUAAUCAAGAAUGCACCUUUUGUGAUUCAGUAUAUGGAGAUGAAGUCGAGGUUGCUGCCUGGGAAAAGGAGGGAGAAUUUGGAGGGUGGCGGAUUUGAUUUGGAUGGUGUUGUUAGUGAUUGUUUGAACAAAGAAUUUGACUAUAUUCCACAAGGUUAUGACAUGGAAAAUGACUCUCAGUAUUUUGAGGCAGACAGUGAGAGUGGGUUGGACAUUGAUAACUCAGACAAGCUCAAGCUUUCGCAUGAAUGCUUAUCUGUGAUUUAUUCCAGGUUUUUGAAUGAGGAUUCUCGAGUUAACCCUGUUGGAGAGAAUGGUGGGGAUCACAGCAGAAAAAGGAGGAGAGAGUAUGAUCCUCCUGCAAUGAAUGAGUGGUGGAAUGGAAAAUCAAAUAUGAGUAAAAAGCUUUUGCUUGAGCAGAUAUUGGAGAAAGAUGUAGGAUUGGAUGCUUUGCCUCCAUCUUUUGUUUCUGGAUGCUUGGCAUAUGAACAGAGGAGAGAAAAGAUAAAUGCUGCUAAGUUGCGCAUCAGUAAGAUUAUGUAUCCAUCAAAGGCUAAUAUGGGUGACACGGAAGAGUUUUCCUCUGAGGAACAUCUACAUGCUAAGAAGAAAAGGAGGAAAACAAAAAAAAAUGGAAUUGAUUGGGAGGAUUUUGUUAUUGAAACCCUUCUCCUUCAUCAUGUUAAAGAGGAUGAAAUUGAGAAGGGGCACUACAAUACCCUGUUGGAUCUGCAUGUUUUCAACUCUGGGUGUUUGUGAGAGGUUCCAGUGCCAAAGAAAUGGUGCUUAAUACAUUCUCGAGUCAGCAAUGACAUGACUGGAGGGACAGUUUCAACAUAUUUCAAAUCGUGCAUCAACAAGAAAGACAUUGCUUUCUUUUUUUGUUAAGAAAAAAGAAAAUCCUAAAACACAUGAUACAAAAAAAUUGUGAUUAUCUAGUGAUACUAUCAUUUGGCUCUAUAGAUGUCUUCUCUACAAUAGUCUACUACCUAUCUUUUUUAGUUUUUCCUUGGCAAAUUGACCCGUUCUUCUUCCUUUUCAAUCCCUACACCAUUGAUUUGGUUGCUAAUACAACAAGAGGGAAUGAAGAAAAGAAUAAAAACAGCGAUAGAAAAGUUUGAGUUUUAUAUUUUCUAUUGUUUCGGCUUCCAAAAAUUCUACCGUCAUAUAGUUUUAUCAGGGUCAAUUGAAGGAAGACUUCUUUUCUCUGGCCUCUACAUAUAUGAGGGCUCUAAGGUUCAGCUGUCAUUUCUUUUCUUUCCCCUCCUUUUCUCAGCAAUGAAACCUGAUAUUUUUUUUUCUUUUAUUGGUCUAAUCAAACAGAGCAUGAACAUAUUUUUUAAAAUCUAUUAUUGUAUGUUUAAUUUGCAGUAGGUGCUUUUUGUUGGACAAACAUUUGAUUCAAGUGAGAUUUUUUACCCAGAAUAGGUAAGUAGUGUUAAUUUAUGCUGUCCUCUUUUAUGGGAGUAUUUCUUAACUCAAACUUAGCUGGAUACCGGUAUAAGGUUCAGACACAUACCAAAUGCACCAAAAGUAGCUGAUCCAUGUAUUGAAGUUGUAUAGUUGGUUUUUCUUAUAACAAACGGAUUUAACUUUUCUACUAGGCUCAAUGACUGGAUGUCCUUGAUGAUAUUGUAAAGCAUGUGAACCUCUUUCUUCAUGAGGUUGAAGGCACAGAGGUUGAUUACCAUGUAUAAGUUAACAUAUGGAGGCUGUGAUCAACCUCUUAAGCAAGCUAGAUUUGCAGUAGAGUGACCAAUAUAAUCAAGAUAACAGAGUUUAAAGACUAAGAUAUGAAAAACUAUUUUCAUUACUGAAUUUACUUAAUUCCUUGGAUUAAUUUUUUUAUUCAAAAUCAGGAUGUGCUCUGCUUUGUGUUAGUUGCAAAAUCCUUAAAAACUAAAUUAUGGGCUUGAUUCCCUUGUAUGGUUAAUAGAAAUUUAAUGGUGCAGUUGGAGAAUAUUGGUUUGACUUGUGACAAAAAUCACUUCAAGCUUUAAUUUUUCCUACUUUCUUUCUUUUCUUAUGAAAUUGAUAGAGCAUUAAAAUGUCUUGGCUUGCCUUCAAUUUUUACCCUCAAGAUGGGGAGUUGAGUAUGUUUCUCUUAAAAGAGUUGAACAGUUGAAGAUCAUUAGACUGGUUUGCAAGGGGAUGAUUAUUACUUUUCCUGUUUCCCUGGUACUUUUCCAUGCUCUCUUUUCUUCUCCAUUGUUAUUGCAAAGUGAAGCUAAUGAGUCUGACAAAUGGUUGCCCUAAAUUCCUAAUCUAAUUUGUAAUAUUUUUACUUCAUUGCCUUUUGAUUUGAAAAGAUUGCAUUAUUGAGGAGAUGAAUGCUGUUAUAGAAAGAUGUUAGUCAUGCAUUUGUGCAAUAUAAUUUUGAUUCAUUUUGCCUUCCCUUGUGCAUGCAGUAUUAAUGUUUAAUUGCAUUGUAUAUGUGUUUCCCGUAAGUCAGCAUUUUGAGCACAUCUUGUUUUGUGAGAUUUUAUGAAUCUUAAGAGGGAUCAUGGUUUUACCUUAUUAUGAAAUUUGAGUCGAAAGAAUGCUUUAUGGACUAGUGAUUAGUGUUGUUUAUGUUGAAGUUGCCCCAUGGACAAGGACCUUAGUGAGAGAUUCCACAUUGGCCAAUGAUAUAUUAGAGAAUAUAGUUGUACAUAGAAAGAAUGGCAAAAGGGGAUUUGACAGUGUGAGUGAGGUUGUGUUGAAUUGAGAAUCUUCUGCUAGUCUUUCGGCUGAAUGUAUUUUAAGAAAUUGAGAUUCUGUUCGGUGUGUGGACCAGUGGGUCUGGGAUAACUUUCUGCGUUUUGUUUGACUUCAUUUUCAGAUGUGGAUUUUCAGAGAAUUCUUGUUUUUGUGGAGAAAGAAAGGUAAAAAAUAGCUUUGAGCUUGGGAGGAGACAUGAUAUCUAUAUGAUUUAACACAAAAUCUGGCUGCAGAUAGAAUGGAAUGGCAGAACAUGGAUCCACAUGUAGCCGGUGCUCCUAACAAAUCCUACUUCAAUCACGUCUACAAGGGGGAGAAGUCCCAGGGGGAGUCCAAACUCCUCAAGAAGUGCAACUGCCAUUCUCAUCCCCUCUUCAUGGCCAGUCUUGACAAUUCCUCCUUCCUUCUCUGCCAUGAUCGAUGGUAUUCUGUAAGUUCCUUUUGAAUUGCUACUCUGGAGUAAACAACUAGACUCUUUAUAUUGGGCAACCACACACACAAGACAUAUUAAAUUGGACCAAACGAAGUGAUUAGCAUUGAAUUAACCACCACUUCUGGCAGUUCACUUUGGAAUGGCCCUCAUCUUUGUCUAGAGCCUUGUGUUUUAAGCGUCUGCAACUACGUGAAAUUCUCUUUA